GUAGCUUUUAGUGAAGUUUCCAACUGCAGGCCAUAUUAUGUGGGAUGCCUUAGCAGUAAAUAGUGUAAAAACAGUGAAAAGGUUUUCAUUUCUCGAGUCAGUGACUUCUUAUAAAUGUAAGGUUCCUAAGGGACAGAAGAUGUGAUAAGGUUACGAUGAAUUAAUUGGAGGUUAUUGAGGUACUAGAUAAUUGAUGAAGGCACAAACAAAAUAACAGUGACAACAGUAUGCAGGAUAUGCGGAGAUACUUGUAAAGCAACUAACAUCAUGAUGUUUAUCAUCAAUAUCAUGUUUGUCUUGGAAACUAUAGUAGUAAGAGAUUGUUUGUUCUCUUAAAUAAGAGAUGGUCCAAAGAGACCAUGAUCAUGCUAAAGAGAGAAAAGCAGGCAUGACAUUCAUCAUCACAUGAAAAAUGACAAAAUAGCUCAUAUAUUGUCCCUAUCCCCAACUAUAGAUAAACUACAGACCUUUCCCACACUAUAAAUGUGUAUACUCUCACUUGUUCAUCACCACAGAGAGAAGUAACAAGUUCUAUUUUCUAAUCAGUUUAAUCUAAAUAUGGCAACACCACUCUUCAACUUUGUUUUUACGUUCUUGACUCUCUCAAAUCUUGUUUUGCUAUCACAAUCACAAGUUACUAGAGCCCCCUUCAAAUCUAAUCCUAAUGGUCUUGUUUUGCCGGUGUUUAAGGAUUCUGCCACAGGUCUUCACAUAGCCAACGUCACAAAAAGAACUCCCCAGCAAUCAGUCCCAUUGCUCAUCGACUUGAAUGGCAGGUUCGUGUGGUUAAAUUGCGAUAAAAACUACCUCUCAUCAACCUACUUUGCCCCCUUUUGCCACUCGACUCAGUGUUCUCGCGUUGGUGCUCAUUCGUGCAACAAAUGUUUUUCGACUACACCUAGGCCUGGUUGCCAUAACAACACUUGUGCUGUUACAACAACAAACCCUUUAACUAGCCAAACUGCAAUCAGUGAAGUUUCUCAGGAUUCUCUCUCUGUUCAAUCCAUAACUCAAUUCGGUUCAAAUGCUGGCCCUUUGGUUACUCUUCGUUACUUCCUUUUUGCAUGUUCACCUUCAUCUUUGUUACAAGGCCCUUUCCCUAAAAAUGUUCAAGGAGUCGCUGGAUUUGGCCAUGAUUCAGUCUCUCUUCCAAUUCAACUCGCUUCUCAUUUUGGAUUCCCUCGUCAGUUCGCCUUGUGCUUGCCUUCUUCCUCACAAAAAAAUGGUGCAAUCUUUUUGGGGACUAGUGGCUUGAAUGGAACACAAACCGGAAAUUUAACCUACACGCCAAUAAUCAUCGGUUCACAAGGAGAAUAUUUCAUCCCAGUGAGGUCAAUACGCGUAAACAACAAGCCUGUCCCAUUAAACCGUUCAUCUUUAACUUCAACGAGGACUAGAAACUUUGGUGGCGCGAUGAUAAGCACUACAGCACCUUACACGGCUCUUGAACGCAACAUUUUCACAGCCUUCACUCAGUUUUUCGCGAACCAAUUCUCCAGUGUGUCCCGAGUGACUCCAAUAUCACCUUUCGAGCUAUGUUUCAAUUCCAACAACUUGUCAAGCACAAAUGUUCCAAACAUUGAUUUUGUCAUGCAGAACAAAAAUGUUACAUGGACUAUUGUUGGAACAAAUUCAGUAGUUGAAGCGCGACCAGGUGUGUCUUGCUUAGCAUUUGUUGACGGAGGACAAAAUCCUAAGGCUCCAAUUGUGAUAGGGGGUCAUCAGUUGGAAGAUAAUUUUGUUCAGUUUGAUUUGGUCACGUCGAGAUUGGGACUUAGCUCUUCGUUACUGUCACAUAACACUAGUUGUUCUACUUUCAAUUUUACAUCCACCUCUUUCGUCAAGGAGAUGGAGUGAAAAUUGAAAAAAAAAAAAAAAAAGACAUGUAUGAGCCUCUGUAUGUUUGCUCAACUGUUUUGUUCUUGUACUGGCUUUCAGACCUUUGGGGAGUUAAGGUUUAUGUAUUAUAUGUCUAGUACUAAGUUUCUUUUGUUGUUUUUUCGUCUUAAGAUGGAAGUGUACUGGUUUUGAGGCAUGACUAAAUAUGUAUAUAGUAGCAAGUGAUAUAUAAAAUUAAUGCAGCUUGAAUUGAA